UUGAGGAUCAUGGCUUUUCUUAAUUUCUCCAAGGAUAUCGUUGAUUGCUCUGAAUUUGGAAAUGGCUCCUGCCAUGACAGUCCCAGGUCAGCAAGUAUACGCGGAGUCAUGUACACAUCCAUGACUGGAGUCAUCAUCCUCACAGUCUUGGGGAACUUGGCAAUCAUCCUUUCAAUCUCCUAUUUCAAACAGCUGCACUCCCCAACUAACUUUCUCAUCCUCUCCAUGGCAGUUACUGACUUUCUCCUUGGCUUCUUGAUUAUGCCCUAUAGCAUGAUCAGAUCUGUGGAGAACUGCUGGUACUUCGGGAUCACCUUUUGCAAAAUCCACUACAGCUUUGACCUGAUGUUCUGCUUGGUUUCCAUCUUCCACCUUUGCUCCAUUGCUGUUGAUCGUUUUUAUGCCAUCUGUUAUCCUCUGCAUUAUUCGUGCAAAAUGACUGUUCCUGUGAUUAGGCAACUGAUAGCCAUUUGUUGGUCAGUGCCAGCUGUCUUUGCUUUUGGGGUGGUUUUCUCUGAAGCGUAUGCUUCUGGCAUUGAAGGCUAUGAGAUUUUAGUGGCCUGUUCUAGUUCCUGUCCAGUUAUGUUUAAUAAAAUGUGGGGAACGAUUCUCUUCUCCUUUGGCUUCUUGACUCCUAGCUGUGUGAUGAUAGGCAUUUACGCAAAGAUUUUUGAAGUGUCCAAAAAGCAUCUGAAUGUUAUAAAAAACAAACCAGAAAGUUCCCACGAUAACAAGCCAAACCAGCUUUCCAAGAGUAAAGACAGGAAAGCUGCUAAGACCUUGAGUAUAGUGAUGGGAGGGUUCCUCUUUUGUUGGUUUCCAUGUUUCUUUACCAUUUUAAUUGAUCCAUUUAUAGGUUUCUCAACGCCUGCAGUAUUAUUUGACACUUUAACAUGGUUUGGCUACUUUAACUCCACCUGUAACCCAUUAAUUUAUGGCUUUUUCUACCCAUGGUUUCAAAAAGCACUUAGAUUCAUUCUCUUAGGAAAGAUUUUCCACCAACAUUUCUAUACUGCUAACCUGUUUCCUGAAAACCAAUAA